AUGUACGGUGCACGCACAUCUAGUCGACACUCCAGACCAAAUCCUCGAUAUCCAAGAGACACACGCUCUCGGCUUCGUAGACCUCAAUGGCAUGGUAAGGAAUAUCGCGAAGGUAGAUAUAUGACGGUCUUUCAAUUGCAUCGAUCCUGUUCUUCUGGUCGUGGAUUCAGUCGUUACUUUGAGUCCUUUGAGUCAGCAAACACGCAUGAUCUCCUCGAUGGCCUUGAGAAUGCAUUAUCAAGGGAAUAUGAAUUGCCGGAGAAUUUACACUUCGAGUUUUUUCUUCUCAGAACACAGAUCAUAGGUGAAGAUGCGUUAGUCGGAAGCGUGUUUGAUGGAGGAGAAUCAGUACGAAGGAAAGGAGGGGUGGGCGAUGAGAUUCAAUGUCGAGCUCCCACUCCUAUCCAAAGGGAAUCACGGGCAAUGGGUUCUGAUUCCAAAAUUUCAAUCGGCUUUAGUCCACGAGAUUCUAAUGACUCUGAUGCUACGAUUCCCAUGAUCUCAGAUCUUAGUCCUCCAGGAUUUAACAGAUCUGAUACUACACUAUCCAGGACCUCGGAUCUUAGUUUUCCAGAUUUCAAUAAGUCUGAUACUAUACUUUCCAAGACCUCAGAUUUUAGUUUUCCAGAUUCCAAUCGGUCUGAUUUUACACUUCCUAGGUUGCCGAAUCUUAGUCGUCCACAUUCCAAUACCUCUAAUUUUACACUUCCCGGGUUCUCAAAUCCUCUGGCUCCCAAUAACUCUAGUACUCAGCUUCGAAACUAUCCCAAUCCUUUGGUUCCCAAUAAUUUCAGACCUCCAGCUCCUUACAACUUUGGCCCUAUAGUUGAGAAUUACUCUGGUGUUACAGAUCCGAGAAAUCUUCGUCUUUCAAUCCCAGAUGGAUACACACUUAACUCUGGCCCGCCAUUCCCCCCCAAACUGAUUCUCUCGCAACCAUGCCUUUCCUGCAGCCGUGAUUCUCCUCUUGGUCCACCAUGUAAUAAUGUCCAGCCUUGCUUUGAAUGUGUCAAGUCAAACAAGUUCUGCUCGUUUCCAAGAAGUGCUUAUUUAGUUGAACCAGGUUCGAUUCUACAUUCACUCCUUACAAAUAUACUGGCUGCUAACAAUUGUAUUAAUCUGGAGAUCUCCUCUAUAUUCCAGUGUAUCUACCUUAUUACCAGUAAAUCUUGGGAGUGCAGUAGAGAUCCAUCUAAUAGACAAAAUAUCGUAAUGGCAGUCCAGAGCACAAAGACGACGGCGAAAUGUAUUGAAGAGUUACGGUCUGCAGCAUUAAUGGCGAUUCCAUCAGUCCCGAAUUACAUCUUUUUCCGGUAUUACUUCCGAGGCAGGGAGGUGUGGUCGAAUGAUUAUGCGUUCGUAAGAGACCUGAAGUGGGAAAAUGACGAUUAUAUGGAAUUGCGUGCCUUCAGUCUUCACACGCGACUUGAGUAUCAUGGAUGUAUGGUAGGAUGGUAUCAAAAGAGUGUAUGA